UAAGUAGAUUGGGGGAUUAAGGAGUUUAUACCUCAGCAACGACAUGCUGAAAAGUUACACAUUUCCAAUCGAUUUAGUUUAAUACUUUAAAUUGUGGUUCCACGCCGUCGAGUUGUUGGCUGCAGCCAUCCAAGGUUUAUUUUUGUUCGCAGAACAUUCUGUUACAUGACUCCUCGUACCUGUUGGCCUUUAGCCGGGGAGAGGCCCGCUGAAUGGAGCAGCCGGACUGUUGAUUAUUAACAUGUAAUUGGCCACGAAGCUGCACUGGACUCAAUGGGGCGAAACCAACCACUUCUCUCUGUCGGAUCCACUUAGCUGCGGAGGUGACCUUUAACUCGGGCGUGAGCGAUGUAGUCACUCAUUUUAAAUGUCUGAGCUAAAGCUAAAUGCCACGUGUGGCAACCGACGUGGAUGGAUUUUGCUUGGUCGCUUGUUUGCAGAGAAGCGAGCAUGUUGUGCUGCGAUGAUCAGGCAGAACAGUGCUCCUGUCUGAGCCAAAGCUUUUAUCUGCCAUGAUCGUAAUUUAAUAAAGGUUGGGAAAUGGAUGUCAUUGUGCACAGUGGACAAAGCUGCAGUGCUUUGUGAAGAAGACAUCAGAAGGGAGGCUGUCUGUUCAAAGCGUGUGACUUGAAAAAACGUUGAAGUUAUGUUUAGUUAUGUGGUUUAAAAGACAAAAAUCCAUGAAUCCAUACAUGACUGGAUAUUGUCAAACCGUAGUGUCUAUUCUCAGUGUAUGAGAGAGAAAUUAAAAUGACAGGUAGAUUGUAUACAAUUUUAUAAUAUAAACAUCCCAACAGCAAUUUUAGUAAUAUUCAGUGAAAAAUACGAAGCAGUCCGUCAUUUAACAAAAAUGUUCAACUCUAAAUGAGACGAGGCUUAUAGUAGGACUGGGGCUGCAGGUGCUCACAGUGCUUUUUAAAACUCUGUGCAACAUGCGAUGCUGUAAGUACCUGAACUGAUGUGGCACCUUUGCAUUGAGAGGUGACUUUAUGCUGCACGGGGCUGAUGGUGCAUGCACUUCUCACGUCGCAUUGAGCGCGGGUCGCCUCUAGGGACCCCUCCCGGACGAGCUGGCGUAUAAAAACCACCGAGCCGCCCCUCCCGGACGGAGUGAGAGCCAGUCUGGCCCGGCAGCGCUUGUGCUGCGUUUCACGGAUGCUUCCGCAGCUCAGCAUCCUCCAGCCUGCCCAGCUCAGCGGAAUUAACGCAGCGCCGCGGAUCCGAGCGCCCUCCGUCUCAACAGGGAAACUCUGCAUUACGUACAGGACAGUGGAUCAUGGCAAACCGAGGACCCAGCUAUGGCCUGAGCCGAGAGGUGCAAGAGAAGAUCGAGCAGAAGUACGACGCCGACCUGGAGCAGCGGCUGGUGGAUUGGAUAGUCGCACAGUGCGGAGGAAACCUGGAGAAACCACCGGCAGGGAAGCAAAACUUCCAGAAAUGGCUGAUGGAUGGAACAAUUCUCUGUAGACUCAUAAACAGCCUUUAUCCAAGAGGGAAGGAACCCAUUAAAAAGAUUCCUGAGACCCAGAUGGCCUUUAAACAGAUGGAGAAGAUCUCUCAGUUCCUGCAGGCAGCCGAGGCUUAUGGAGUCACGACCACUGACAUCUUUCAAACUGUGGACCUUUGGGAAGCAAAGGACAUGGCGGCUGUGCAGAGGACUCUCAUGGCUCUGGGGAGCGUUGCUGUCACCAAGGAUGACGGUCAAUACAGGGGUGACAGAGACUGGUUCCACAGGAAAGCCCAGGGUUAUCGACGAGAGUUCACCGAGGAGCAGCUGCGCCAGGGACAGAGUUUGAUUGGCCUGCAAAUGGGCAGCAACCGCGGUGCCUCCCAAGCCGGUAUGACGGGCUACGGUAUGCAUCGUCAGAUUAUGUAGACCCCCCCGCCACGAGCUAGCCUGUCCCCAUGCUUCCAGACUGUGUUUUCUACUAAUACCACAGAUGUUGUAGCCCCGAAACCUUCCUAAGCGUUGUAGCACCUGCCAUGUUAACCUCAACUCCCCUGAAACUGCUGCGUUUGCUAAUCAGACUGUUGUCUCCGUAUGUUCAAAAAUGAUGUCAAAUGCUGUAAAUCUCCUUCUUCAAGUUCUCUUCCUCUCCUUUGUCACACGCUUCUCCCUCUUUAGUAUUGUCAACAUUCAUGUUCAGAUGUUCACCUAACAUGGAUCUACGUCAUUCAACAAGAACCUCAUGUAUUUUUUUUAAUUUAUUUAUUUAUUUUUUUAUAUAAGCUAUCCAACCAAUGCAAGCCAUCAGUGUUCUCCACACUGGACUACUGUAAGCCUCUAAUUUGAGCAUGCUGUAUGCAAUGUAUUUAAAUUUAAAUUGAAGUAUAUUUUUAUUUAUUUAUUUAUUUAUUUUUAGAUCGUUACUUUAAGAUGCUCUGGUACUCUUUUUUUUUUUUACACAUUUGAAUGAAUGGUGCUGAAUGACUGACAGUAUUUCUGCUACCUUGACUGAAUACUUGCUGCAGUAUAUCCUCUGUAGCCAAAUCAAGCCCAGGGUUAUGGGGUCAGGACAAAGACUGCUGGGUCCGAACGUAUCGAUAUGGUGUCAUUCAUUCCGAGCCAUGCUCUUAUUUGUUUGCUCGAUUACACAACGUGUCCAUAUUGUGUCUUGUUUGUGUGCAGCAAGCAAGAAUGUGUUAGAGCCGACAUGUAUAACAGUGGAGUUUCAAUUUCUGGUGAAUGUACACUUUUGUGUGUGUUAUGUUUAUAUUUUUAAAUGAAUUUAUAUCCGGAGGCUUGUAAGAAGAUCUAUGGAAAAAAAAUCCAAUAAAAUAUGACAAAAUGCAUUUGUGUCAGUCUGUAUUGAAUGCAAACGGGAGUAUCCUGGUAGCCAGGACGUCUGGGGAGUGCACUCUGUGCUCAGAGUGUGGGGGUGUUAUUUUCCUUAUCUCGGUUUUAUGUUCCAGCUCCUCCCUUGCGCCCAUCCCUCUUGUCUCCUCUCACUCCGCGCAAUCUAAUAAAGUGUCAGCAGCA